CAAAAAUUCACGAAAAAUGGACAUCAAAACCCUAAUUAUAUCCCCACCCCCACCCCUCCCUGUAUUCUUCACAAUGUUCCUAACAAUUUACUUACUCGCCCACUUCAUCAUCUUCCGUAACUGGACCCCAAAAACCCGACCCGAAGCCGCCAGCUGCUUAAUCUCCUUAACCCACGGCACCCCCGCCGCUAUACUCGCCGGAAUCGCCAUUUUUUCCGACCCGAAACACCACUUCGCAUCACCCAACACCCGCUUCCAAAACUCGGUACUCGAAUACAGCAUUGCAUACUUCAUCAUGGACCUUAUUCACUACCUUACAUUUUACCCAACAGAUGUUUUAUUCAUUGGUCACCAUUUGGCAACCCUGUUUGUGUUUGUUACUUGCCGGUACGUUGCGUUCCACGGAGCGUAUUCUGUGUUGAUUUUGCUAGUCUUGGCCGAGGUUACGAGUUUGUUGCAGAACGUUUGGACGCUUGCGGGGGCGAGAAAAGGGGAUUCGGAAGUUGCACGCCAGGUGUUUGAUAAAAUGUCUGUGUGGUUUUACGGGGUUUAUUCGGUUGUUAGAGGGGUUGGGGCGCCUUUGUUUGUUUAUAGGAUGGUGGGUUUUUAUGCUAGUGGUGUUGCGGAUAGUGUUGUGCCGAGGUGGCUUUGGGUUUCUUGGGUUUGUGUUGUGGUUGCUGCGAUUUCCGUUAGUGUUCUUUGGGUUUCGAAUAACUGGGUUGAGUUGUUUAGGGAGAGAGGGGUUAGGGUUGAGAAGGGGAAGAAAGUUUGGUGAGAUAUUGUGAUUUGGGGUGUUUGAUGUAUCAUAUUAGUGAGGGUUAUAUAUAAAUUGAUACUUGUUGAUGAAAUAUUGAAAUAAAACUGACUGUUGUUACUCAUGGUUCUUUGUAA